UCCUGAACAUCAUGUUCAUUACGGCGGCGGUGUUCACGGUGACGGGUGCCGUGGUCGCUGUGCGCUCUGCGUUCGGCACGGAGCCCGAGGACGCGUGGGCACUGCCGCUGGAGGAAGACCUCCAGGCGAGCCGCAAGAGGCUCUACUGCUUCUUCAACCACUCGGCGCACCGGCGGCCCGAACCCGUGCGCUUCGGCGUGGACAACAUACGCGUCGAGCUGUGCGACGACAUCGUCUACUGCUACCUGGGCGUCGACCCGGCCACCGCUAACAUCGUCAGCAAGGAUCCCAAGUUCGACAUCCAACAAGAAAGCCUAAGAAAGUUCACCAGGCUACGCGAUAAAGACGUCAGCUUGGUUAUCUGGGCCGCGGUGGGCGGGCGUCGGUCGGACGGCGAGGCGUUCCGCAAGCUGGCGGGCCAGCGACGCUACCGCGUCGAGUUUUCGGAGAACGCGGCCCGUUGGCUUCUGCAGUACGGCUUCGACGGUCUGGUGCUGCACUGGCCGAAUCCCAUGGGCGACCAGGACCGCCAGGCGUUGGGAGCCUUCCUGCGUACACUACGUCGACGCCUCUCGGCCGAUGGACAGCGGCUCGCCAUUGUGGUGCCCGCCGACAAGGCGGAACGCCUCUCGGGAUUCGACGUGCAGGACAUCAUCAACCUGGUGGACGUGAUGUUCGUGGAGACCCACCGCACCAUGGAGCCGGCAUCGUUUCCCGUGACGAGCUUCUACAGCCCGCUUCGCGUCAAGACGCAGGCCAAGAGCCGUGGACAGACGGGUCUGUCGCACGUGCUGGGAGACAUGUCGCUCGAGCUCACCCAGAUGGACAAGGUCGUCUUCGGCGUCACGCUCGCCGGCGCAUCCUUCACGCUCAAGAACGUCGCCGCUAACAAGGCUGGCGACCCGUCGGCGGGUCCGGGCAAACCCGGCCUGUUCACCCGGCAGCCGGGCACGCUGAGCCACUACGAGCUGGAACAGAUGAUGGCGCACGACCUGAGCUGGUCGCGCCAGUUCGACCGGGUCGCCCAGUGCUCGUACGUCGUCAACGGCGACCAGUGGGUGGGCUACGAGGACGACGUGUCGCUGCAGAGCAAGGCCCACCUGCUCCUCUUCACCGGGGGCAUCGCCGUGUGGGAUAUCUGCAUGGAUGACUUCCGGGGCACCUUCGGCCGACCGCUGCUGGCUCGAGCACGGGACAUCUUGCUCAGGAACCACACCUUCGGGCACAGCCUGCGCACCAAGGGCCGGUCAGGGUGACCCGAGGUCUGCGCUGACACCCCGCCGCCGC